UGGCAGUAAGAUGGAUUUUCGAAUAUGCUGCAUUAUUCUUAUGGUGUUGUCAAGCGUUUUUGCCGUACCAAAAUGGCUAAAAAGAAACUCGAAGUUUGUCGCAGCCCCCAAGACUGGUGCACGUGUUGGUGCUGAUUCUGUGGAAAAUCGAUACAUUGUAUUUUUCAACACAAGAACAGUAAAGACAGCUCGAACGGCCCAAGUCCACUUCAAUACUCUGCUCAAAGAUUCAAACGUUCGUCAAGGAACUCCUUCUAAAAUUGAUCUCAAAAGUAGUGUAUCUGGAAGAUCCGGUGCCUUAUCUUUAACCUGUAGUAGCGGGGAAACAACCAUAAGCAAACUGUUUGACCCAUUGAUGAUGUACAUCGUGACAUGUCCAAGUGAUAGCACAUUGCAUACAAUUGUUGACGAUUAUAAGAUCAAAAAGAUCGUUCAGGAUCACGUCGUGUAUGCUCUUGGAAGGGAAGUUCCACCUGGGUGUCCUCCCCAACCGCCACAACCUCGUUGCAUACCUAGAAGGUGCCCUCCUCUAAGACCCUGUAGACGUAAACGAUGCCGCCCUCGAAGACCUUGUAUACCAAAGCAAUGCCCACCUACUCCACCAACUCCAAAAAUAUGUCGGUGCCCGAUAACCACAACGACCCCACCGACAACAACACCACGUUGUAGAGGGUGGUGGUGUCCCCCUCACAUUUUGACUCCUUACCCCAAUCCAUGGCCGCCUUGGGACCCAGAAGACCCAGAAUUACCUGAGCCACAUGGACCACCUGGAUUGCCUUUCAAAUGCUGCCCAUGCCCAUGUCCAUGCGAUGGUCCUUUCACUGGAACACCUACCACCACUCGAAAGCGGACAACUACUCGUAAACCUACCACCACUCGAAAGCCGACUACUACUCGAAAACCUACCACCACUCGAAAGCCGACUACUACUCGAAAACCUUCGACUACGACGUCAUCAUCCGGUUGUUCUAAUAUGUUUUACUACAGUCUUGGAGCCAGUAAUAACUGGGGCCUGGAUAGAAUAAAUCAAGCAUCUAACACCUUAGAUAAGAAGGCCUCAACGUGUGGAUGUGGUAGUGGUGUAGAUAUCUAUAUUUUAGACAUGGGGAUAAACUCGAAGCAUGAGGAGUUUACUGGACGAAUAGAUAAAACAGUAUGGAAAAAUUAUGUGGAUAAUACAACAACUCCCGAAGAUGACAGUUAUAACUCGCAUGGUAGCCAUGUUUCAGGAAUUGCAGCGGGGACAGAGUCAGGUGUAGCAAAAUGUGCAACUAUAAUAACUUACAAAGUGCUUGAUGAGUGGGGAUCAGGAUUAAACAGUAACAUACUUGCAGCAAUAAGCGAUGUCAUUGCGCUUAAGGGAACUCGCAAAAGGCCUUCAGUAAUGAAUCUGUCGUUUGGAGGUGGAGGGAGUGAACCAAUGGAUGCCGCUGCAAAAUUGGCGGUACAAAAUGGUAUAUUUGUAACUGUUGCUGCUGGGAAUUCUAAUGCUCUCUGGUCAACGUUAUCGCCUGCUCGGGAACCGACAGUGUGGACUGUUGCCAACGUAAAGGCAGAUGAUAACCUCAGUUCGGACUCAAAUUACGGUUCUGGUAUAGACAUGGCAGCCCCGGGCUAUAAGAUAAGAAGUGCCACAAAAGACAGUAGUACCAGUCACGGUGAAUUAUCAGGAACAUCUAUGUCUGCCCCACAUGUCGCUGGUGUCGUAGCGUGUUAUUUGAGCGUGAACCCGGGAGCAACAAUCACACAAGUAGAAAACUAUUUGAGUAAUGGGUGCUGGAAGAACAAGAUCGGCAAUAUCAAUUCAUCAAGCAAACCAAACACACCAAACUGCAUUCUCAGCUCUGCUUAUUGCUGUAGUUAAUGAAGAAACGUUCUGGCAAAGUGAUUACAAAAAACAUUGAAAAAUAUUACUGAAAGUAGAUUGAAGAUGGUAAACAUUGCAUAAUACACACUUAGCAUGUUCAUUGUUAUGUUGAAAUAAUUACAGUUAUGCUUUUUUGAUUUAAGAUA